UAAAUGGUGUAAAUGAAGUGAAGCAACGGUUUGUUUAUAUUUACAUUUGAUGUGAAGGUUGAAAUUUGAAAAUUCGGUUUGAUUUUGAGAAAUAUGUUCAAGUUUAUAAGUAAAAUGUAAACUUAAUAAAAUAUUUAAGUCAUGUUAACCAUUUAUUAAUUACUAAUUUACAUUUAAAACAGUAAAAUAUUGAAUAUGUUUGCCACUUAUGUUCGCAAUUUAUCAUUUUAUUACAACAUUUUGAACCCUUUUAUUAAAAAAACGGAAUUUUUUCGCAACGUUCAUUUUAUACGAAGAUUUUCAAAUAUUACAACUUUAGAUGUUUUUGAUAGACAAACUAAAAAGAUACACAGAAAUUGGUCGGCAAAAAUCAAAGGUGGCGAAGUUUAUGAUUAUUUGAAAGAUGAAAUUGGUGACAGGGUUGCAGAUCGUGUAUUUGAUAUCACUAGGACAUUUACUAAUUGUGUGGAGCUAGGCUGUGGAAAAGGUCAUAUUUCUAAGCAUUUAACACCAGAUAAUGUUGAGAUGCUAUAUCAGUGUGAUAUUUCAUCUGAAAUGGUGAAACGAAGUAAUAUAUGUUCUGAAAUACCCACUGUUAAGAUGGUUGUAGAUGAGGAGUACUUGCCCUUUUCUCCAAACAGUAUUGAACUUUUUGUGAGCAGCCUAAAUUUUCAUUGGAUUAAUAAUCUUCCUGGAGUAUUUGAGCAAAUUCAUAAAUGUUUAAAGCCUGAUGGUGUUCUUAUAGCAUCUUUAUUUGGUGGUGAUACUUUGUUUGAAUUACGUUCUUCUCUACAAUUAGCUGAAAAUGAAAGAGAAGGAGGAUUUUCUCCACACAUUUCACCUUUUGCUAGAGUGAGAGACAUUGGAGAUUUGCUAAAUAGAGCUGGUUAUACUAUGCUUACAAUAGAUACUGAUGAAAUAGUUGUGAAUUAUCCUAGUAUGUUUGAAUUGCUGGAUGAUUUAAGAGGAAUGGGUGAAACAAAUGCUGCAUGGAAUCGAAAGGUAGGCAUUAACCGUGACUCUUUAUUGGCUGCAGGAGCAAUUUAUGCAGGAAUGUAUGGUAAUGCUGACCACACUGUCCCAGCAACCUUUCAAGUUAUCUACCUCAUUGGGUGGAAGCCACAUGAAUCACAAGCUAAACCAGCUAAAAGAGGAUCUGGUCAGAUUUCAAUGAAGACUAUUUCUAAUCUGAAUAAAGAUGAUAGAUAAAUGCUUAUGUUAUUUUUAGAGACAUUGAAUUGUAUUUAAUUGCAUUUUUUUUAUAUAAAAAAAAAAAUAAAAAGUUUUGUUUAGAUUAUAA